UUAGCAAGACUGUUCUAUCUUGAGUUAUGCACGGUGGCUUCUCCUAAGUCCUUUAGCAUCUGGUCCUCCUAGUGGAGGAGACACUUGAGUACUGCCAGGGGCCUGGAAUGUCCCCAAGAGGGUAAGAAUAGCCACAGUGAGUGAUGACUCUUCAGCCUUCUGGCCUCUGCAGCUGUCAGGAUCGCUCUGCCUCAAGGCAGGCUCAGAAAACCUGACUUCCUGCUAUUGGGCUCAGUGGGGCUCUCCAGCUCUCGCCUUGAAGUGUCCUGCAGAGACAUCUCUUCCUGCAGAGGCUUCCGGCCCCAGCCUGACUCUCUGGAGGCAUGGACAUGCUGGGGUUCCUCCUUGUCACCGUAAGCUGUAAUGUAACCAUCCUGGGCAAGAUCUGGCUGCUGGUGAGCGUGCUGCUGCGGCCGGCGGCGGUGGUGCUGGCGGGGUGGCCCGUCUACCAGGACGAGCAGGAGCGCUUCGUGUGCAACACCCUGCAGCCGGGCUGCGCCAACGUCUGCUACGACGCCUUCGCGCCCGUGUCGCCGCUGCGCUUCUGGCUGCUGCACAGCCUCCUGGUGCUGCUGCCGCCCGCCGUCUUCCUGCUCUGGGUGCUGCACCGCGCCGCCCGCCUCUGCGCCUGCGCGGCGGGGCCGGCCCGCCUCGGAGGCGUGGUCGAAGGCGGGGCCGGGGACAGGGGCGGGGCCCGGGUCCCGGCCGUGCCCGACUUCUCGCGAGGCUACGCGGCCCAGCUGUGCGCACGCAGCCUGGCGGAGGCGGGGCUGGGCGCGUGGCAGUACGUGCACGUGGGGCUGGCGGUGCCGGCGCGCGUGGCCUGCAGCCGCGCCCCCUGCUCGGGCGCCGUGGACUGCUUCGUGUCGCGGCCCACCGAGAAGGCGCUGCUGGCGCUCGGCCUCUGGGCGAUCAGCGCGCUGUCGCUGCUGCUCAGCCUGGCCGACCUGCUGUGCAGCCUGCGCCGGGCCGGGGGCUGCAGGCCGGGGACCCCCGCCGCCCAGGGCCGGGGUGCAGAGCCGCCGGGGGAGCACGGCAGCGGGGUGCUGUCCUCCGCCAGCCACGGGGGGCCGGGGCGCAGCCCCCCGAGAGAAGCCCGGGACCCCCAGAGGGGAGGCCACGCCGGGACAGAGGAGCCUCGGCUGACGCCCUGCAGCCAGCUGGCCUGGCAGCCCCCCGGCAGCUCUGGGGGUGCCCCCCACCUGCGAGCCAAGAAGUCCGAGUGGGUGUGA